GAGGCGUCGGCUUGAGUCUGUGCCGCCGCAUGGACCGACAGAAGUGAGAGCAGCUCCGAGACCUUGUGGUUCAUCAAAUGGCUGCUAAGCAACUCUGGUUUCAUACCGGGCCUGUCUGGAUGGAGGAAACCCUAAAAACAGCGUAAUGGCCACAGAGAGCAGCCUGUGGAAUGCCUGUGACUACAGCCACAAUGUCACUUUCUUCUACAACUGGGUGGGUAAGAAGAUCAGUGAGGCGUGGACGCCGCGGGACUUUGUGGUGAUUGGAUUGGGCUUGACGGUAUGUCUCAUCGUAGUCCUGGCCAACCUGAUGGUGAUGGUGGCCAUCUUCAUGAACCACCGCUUCCACUGCCCUAUCUACUAUCUCCUGGGCAACAUGGCUGCAGCAGACCUCUUUGCUGGUAUCGCCUAUGCCAACCUGAUGUUGAACACGGGCCCCUGGACCAGCACGCUUUCCAAGGAGCAGUGGUACAUCCGUGGGGCUUUGAUCGACAUCAGCCUGACAGCCUCGGUGGCCAACCUGCUGGCUGUCGCCGUGGAGCGCCACCAGACGAUCAUCACCAUGCAGCUACACAGCAAGAUGACCAAGCGGCGUGUGGUGUUGCUGAUAGUCUGCAUCUGGGCCGUGAGCAUCAUCAUGGGCCUGGUGCCCUCUACGAUUUGGAACUGUGAGUGUGAUCUGGAUGAUUGCUCCACUGUUGCGCCCCUAUACAGCCGCCGCUUUCUGAUCUUCUGGGCAGUUCUCAACCUGCUCACUUUUUUUAUCAUGGUGGCCAUGUACACUCGCAUCUUGAGCUAUGUGAGAUACCAGAGCGGUUAUGCAUCUCAGCACACGUCAGAGAUGCGGCAUAGCCAGACUGUUGUCAACCUGAUGAAAACUAUCUCCAUGGUUCUGGGCGCCUUCGUAAUCUGCUGGACGCCCGGCCUCGUGACUCUCUUACUGGACGGGCUGUUGGGUAAAGACAGCCAAGCCAACGCCUAUGAGAAGUUCUGUUUGGUGAUAGCGGAGUGCAACUCCCUGGUCAAUCCUAUCAUCUAUUCCCUGCGGGACGACGAGAUGCGGAGGACAUUCAAGUCGAUCCUGUGCUGCCUGUGUCGAAGAAGUGUUGACCAACAGAGGGAGCUGUCACUUCUUGAGAUUGCCUCACCGCUGCCAGAGGAAACUCAUGGCUGUGUCCAGAAGUCAGAAGAUCAGCCUGUCAGUGUGGAAACAAACAAUAAAAUAAGACAGUUGGAUGGCUGCAAGUCUACGAUUUAAAGAAUAAAAUCCCAACUUUCACAGACAUCUAAUCAGCACUAAUUGCUUUAAAGUCUUUGGUGUUUCUGCUGGACUUCUACCAAACUACCUCUCAACUAUGUUUGCAUUUGAGAAUUGGAAUUAAAGAAAAAACAAAAACCAUAAGGAUGCAUCUGUUGAAAAGCUGAAAGGGCUUUUAUCAAUGUUGGACAUUUCUCAGGUUAGCGUGUUCCUCAGUCUCAGUGAGGCUGACAGAUUCACAUAUUAAUCAUCAGAUGGUGCAAUCUCUCCUUUUAUUACACUUGACUAUCACAAGAGCAUUUGUGACAAAUUAUAAAAUGAAACACUCCUAAAGUCUGAAAUCAAAUACUGAAAAAUCACACUAAAUCAUUUUAUUAAUUUUCUAAUAAGAACACUACAAUUUGUCAUAUUCUUCCUUUUUGUUUUACUCUUUCUAGAACAAUUCUAAAGUUGAGGUAUAAAAGGAGUUCAUACAGACUCACAAGUCUGAAAACAGUGGGGGUUAUAUACAAGAGAAAUGGAAAGACAGAGGUAGAGAGAGGGGUAAAUACACGGGAAAGAGGGGAGAUACAAAUAUGCUAAUAAAAACAAAGAAAUCAAAAAGGUUUAAGGAGCCAUUUGGUGCUGUGGAAGUCAUUUAGUCACUUGCAGAAUCCAAACAAGAUUUAAACACAGUCCAGAGUAAAACAUAAAAUUAAGUUCUGUGCUGGAGAUCUGUUACAAAAAUACAGGUGACUACACAAUCUCGCUGAAGUGUUGAGGCCUGAAUGUUUUCGCUGCACUCGUUUUUUUAGGUGAGUUGAGUUUUGCAUGUCAGGAGCAAAGUGUCGACCAUCUGCUUUAAUGUGAAGGUCUGCCACUUUUCCUGCCCGUCGUUCUGGUUCAGAGUAUCACAAGAAUUAACCAUUUUACAAUAAGUUGCCAUUUCGUAGUAAGUCCAAACUUCCUCAAACAAAGUUCAGUAUCAGCUUCCUCUCAGCUGAUGCAAAUAUACUGCUUUCUCACAACUUGAAUACAUUUGAGUUUCCACAAAACGGGCAACAUCUGCACCUUUACAUUUAGAUGCAUGGUCUGAUUGGAAUCUCCAAGAGUUUGAACAAAUGUCCAGCAACUAUUACAAUUUUUCAAAACUCUAUUAGGGAUUUCAUGAAAUAAUUUAAGCUGAUUUUUAAAAAAACAACAUUUAAAGGUGUGGAAAGUAAGGAAACUAAAGGGGAAUCACAUGGGAAGAGGGUCCAUAAAUCUAUCGGGCAAAAUGCACCAAAUAAUGUCCACUGGAGAGCCUCAAUUGAUACAAUUAUCUUUCCACAGCACCAAACGCUACAGCUGUAAACCCUACAUCGUCUCCCGGUUAUGUAACAAAAGACCUAAAUAAUAUUCAAAGUUGAUACAGAGUUAACGUGAAUCCUGUGACACAAAGGCCAAAUAAAACUGGCAUCUCAACCAAACAAAGUUUAUAAAAGGAAAAAGAAAAAUACUGAAACAUUACACAAACUGUACAGUGACAUCCAUUACAACAGGUAGAAAAAGGGGGAGGAUGAUAAUUUGGUGUGGCGAUAACGUUAUUCAUAAGAUACUGUCGUAUGAACUGCGAUGAGUAACAAAACAAGUAAUUAGAUGUGGGAUAUCACAUGUGACCAGCUUAUAAGCUCAAGUUUUGUUCUGUAACAUGGUUCAACAAAGUCGUGACUGACACUUAAAUCUUCAUAAGGCUUUACCUUACUAUCAAAAUGCUUUGUUAUUCACAUAACAGUUAAUGUAUAAAAUAGUUCCAAAAAAUUAAAAUCCCCAAAAACAUUGCAGGUUUGUCUUAAACACGAGUUAAGAGUUUUACUACACCCAGUGCUGCCUCUUUUUUUGGUAACAGAGGAGAGAGAGAAGCCCUUGCCCAAUUGGCCACUGAACUGAAAACAAAAUAGCUGUGGUUUAAUCAGAAGGUAUUAAAACAUGGGUAAAAGGGAUAGCAUACCUUCAAUGCUCACAAUCAAAAUACAGGUGUGAUAUGACGGUCCUCACUCCACCCACCCUCCCAUGACGCCCCACAACAAAAACCCCAAAAGUCAAAUCAACUUGAGGCAUGACAACACCACACAGAGAGACACAGAUACAAAUAUAAUUCCCUCCUCUCCUCGAACUGAAAAGGUGGCUGUGCACCAACUUUAGAGAGACACAGAGUAGCAUUAUUACAUUGCUGAAUGUGGUAUUUUUGGUUUUGGUACAACAGAAGGUUGUAGUGUGUUGCCUCAGGCUCACAAGCUUAAAUGUUUCAAGAUGGGGAGGUGAUCUCAGUUGAACCCCACCUGGUGUGUCAUUGGCUGGUGGGAGCACCCAGUCUCUAUAAUGCUUACAAAGGUCAGAGGGCACCAGCCAGUUUGACUAAGACAUCCCAAGAACACUGUACACACGCCCACACAGAGACACACACAUCAUUGCAAUACAUGAUGCACUUUUUCCUUUUUGGUCUGACUGUAAUAAUUAUACCCUUUAUUUUUUUGUUAAUAAAAACGAAGCUAAAAACUC